GUUUGUUUUUCGCACUUCGAAUCCUCAUCGCUUGAUCGAUGAACGGCGAUUUGUGACUGAAUCUCUAGACCACCACCAUCGACAUCAUCUCAAAUUAUCCAAUGGCUGGGUUCCCCGAAGGCAUCGACGACUCGUAUAGCUGGCCAUGCACGAUCCUCUGCCACAAAUGCAGCAGAUGCUUACCUUCUAUGAAAGAUCCCAAAAUAUCUUCAUCCGGAGUCUUCCUCAAAUUCCGUGAACUCUACUCCCCUUCAGAGUUGGAAAUUCUGUCCAUAUCUAACCUUCGUUCGCAAAUAGCUGAAGAAAUCGACGCCUACGAUGCAGAAAUCCUCCGAAUUCAGAGUAUUUCGGAGAAACUGAAUCGAGAUCGUGACUUGCUGAGAAGUUACGCUGAUCAUUAUGGCGCGUUGCUUGCACCAGUUCGGCGACUACCCUAUGAUAUCCUGCUUCAAAUAUUCGAAGAGGCCUGCAAGCAGGAGUCGGACCUCUACCCAUCAAGUGUCCCUUUUCUUCUGGGGCUGGUCUGCAAGCGCUGGCGCAAUGUCACCAUUACUUCUCCCAGUUUAUGGUCGAACAUUGUCGUUCGUUUACCGUCGCGAAGGCCCUUUCCUGCUUCUCGAUGGCAGUCUAUCCACAAAGUAGUCAAACUUCACCUACUUCGGUCGGGGUGUAUGCCCCUGGCGCUCAGGUUUUUGAGUUCCAGGCUGGUGAUCAUACGUGAUGAUGGCUUGGAUAUCGUCGCUGAGACCCUUGUCGCCCAUCAGUUUCGCUUCCGUGAAAUUCGAGGGCCAUUGCGAGCCAUAGCAAGGUUGCCAGAUGGUCUGCUAAGUAGCGUGGGAAGCCUCAUUAUGGAAGGUUACAUGCGCGAAAGUAAUCGUCGCUACAUAUGUGAUCUUCCAAACAUCCAUACCCUUACGAUACGCGACGGUGUUCCGCUUUCUCGCAUUGACCUCCCACAACACGUACACACACUUAACCUGGAAUUCCGUCCCGGAAAUGUUGGUGCUGUUAUUCGCAAUCUCUCUCGAAUGCGGAGCUUGCGAUCCCUUACAGUCGAAGCAUAUGGCCUCUGCGAAGUGGGAGACGUCGGCCACUUCGUCCGCCUUCCUACAUUAACUUCCUUCACUUGUCGUAAUAUGUAUCUCAAUACCGACACUCUUUGUUGUUUCCUUGCAUCCAUCGAUGUUCCCGCUUUGACCGAUCUCACCAUCAUCGGCGGAGCUUUCCACACACAAACUAUCAUAUCCUUGAUUCAGCGCUCCCGCCCGCCGCUACGCAAACUCACGAUUAUUACCACUUCCCAUGCUACCGGUGUUGUGGAGGUCGUGGAAUUCAUUGAGUUGUUCAGGGCGAUGCCGGACCUGGCCAGCCUGACAGUUCAUGACUUUGCAACAUCAAAGACACUAUCGGAUUCGCUUCUGAACGAACUGAGGUUCGAUCAUGAUCAUGACCCCCUUUUUCCCAAACUCGAGCAUCUCGAGCUUGCUUGGGUUAUGCCUUGUGUCAUGAAUUCUUCUGAUGCAAUGAUAAAUCUCAUAAAAUCCCGACAUAUUGGUUGUAGCAGUUAUCGUGGUAGAGCGACGGAUGUCCCUCUGAAGUCAGUCGCGCUGGGCUGGCCUCUGCUUUUUCAGGAUCUUGCCCUUCGCAGACUGGAGGGGUCGGGGUUACAAGUGAGGAAAGUAGGUCCCAUACAAGAGAUGACCUGUAUGUCGAAGUAUGAAUAGAAUAAAAUCCUUCUAUGCACAAUGCUCUAUCAAUUAUGUCUCGUCUUUGAAAUAACGAUGGUCUCCGAGUGUAUAGAUGAAAUGAUGUGUCUUCGUGGAGAAGAAUAAUUCGAGAAGGUAUCCGAACUCUCAAAGUAGGCCUCAAUGCCAACGAAUCUUCACGUCGAGCACCGUCUACAUCCAACCUCGCUUCGUCCUCAACAUCAGGAUGCCUCGAUCUAAUGCCUGUGGCAUCCCUUCCUUAAUCGCAUCCUUCAGCGGUUCCAGCUUCUGUGCUUCGUCUUGAGGUGGAAGUUUGAUCACAAAUUCCUUGAG